UAUAAACAAGAUGGAACUGUCUUUUUUCGGUGACUGAACACGAUCAUUUCCCGCUGUCAAAAUUGCGGAUAUGAAAUUGGUCCCCAUAUCUAAGCCACGACAAAUAAGCAGUCUUUUUUUUCCACUGCAUUUGAAGGAUAUACUAAAAAAAAAAAAGUCUCGACAUUCAGCUUGAGAAAUUACCAGCUUUGUCCAUCAUGCGUCUCAUAACCCACAACAUGCUCCAAUGCCACGUUAAGAACUGCAAUGACAACAACUUUCCUUUGCGUCUGGAGGAAGUCGAAGUUGAACUGGUUGAAGCUGAUUUUCAGCCCGAAUUCCUCCAAAAUAUUAUCGGCAAGUUGGAAUGGCCGGCGUUUGUAAAUACUGCCGUGCAGUUGGGCAAUACCAAUUUGCCUGCCACUAUACCAGAUAAUGCAAAGGACAAUGAAGAGUUUUUGAAGGUUCUCCACACAGCUCUUUUGGAGACUCACGUUCAGCAAGGCAAGAUGGUUUGUCCUAACUGCAGCCAUGUAUAUCCCAUCAAAGAUGGCAUUCCCAAUAUGCUAUUAGCCGAACACGAGAUUUAGAUCGAGAAGAAAACUGAAAACGAAAAAGCAACUUACACACCCGCCCGCGCACAUGCAUAUUGUCAUCAUCUCACUAGUUACCUUUUUUUUUUUAUGUUUUUCUCUUUUUUAACAUUAGACUA